CUGUUUAUUCUAAGCAAGUCCCAAUAAGGGAAGCUUUGCUUAUACCACUCGACAUUAAGAAACACGAUAAAGAACCUAAUAAAUAUAUAGUUAACAGUUAUUGGCAAGCCUUUAAUUACCAUGCUGAUGAGAAAGUCGAAUCUGUACUCGAAUGUGAAGAUUCUUCUGUAAAGAUUGAUAAACCCAGUCAGAAAUUAAAAGUAAGUGAUUACGGGGCAACCUAUGAGCUAACCAUUCCCAAGGACACCAAAUCCGGAACCAUAUUUUCUUGUAGAAGAUAUCUUGACGACAGAUAUAAUAGAUUUGCUACAUUCAAUUUU